AUGGAUAAUUGGGGAUGUGUCGAUGAAGCAAAUUUAUUUUCUUCUUCGUAUGGGAAAAUUGAACCUUUAGUUCGAUUAGUUGAAUCGUUAGAUUCAUCGGAUUAUGAUGAUCUCAAAUAUAACCAAAUUUUUUCAGCAAAUUUAGAUCAAAAUGUUGAAAUUGUGCCCUACAAGGAAAAAAUUUGGGCAACAAAAAAUAAGUCUAUUCUUAAGAAGGAAACAAAAAUGAAGGAUAAUGAACAACUUGAACAACGUGAAAAACUCGAUCAGCAUGCGAUUUUCAAGAAAGUAACGUUCGCUGCGGAAAAAUUAGCAGCUGAUGAAUGUAGUGAUAAUGAAGAACGAGAUAAGGCGCGAAGUCGUCUUGCUGUAAAACUUGGUGCUAAACCUCUAAAACGUAAAUAUAUUAAUUACAAGGAAUUGAAGAAGGAAUUGGCGCUUAAAAAGGCGAAACAUGCUGAAGAAAUAAAGCAUUCAACACUUAAUGCCUUAAAAUCUGCUCAACUGAACAAGAAGAAGAAGAAUAAUAAUAAGAAAGUAAAGAAAGGUCGUAAGUAA